AUGUCUUCAUACAAGUCUACAUUCAACAACUCUCCCCGUUCGUCGCCCUUUCGCCGUCCUGGCUCACCAGGCUCACCCACCCUCGCCAAUGGAGGCAGACCAGCAACUCCUCCAACAAACAGGAGCGCAGCUUCACCUCUGACUUCACCAUCGAAACUCAAGCAUGCCUAUACCGUCUCAGAAGAGGAGGAAGACGAGAUCAUAGUAUCAACCCCGUCAAAGUCUACCGCGGAUCUCCCCUUUCGAAGAGCACAAACAGAACCCCCUCCUUCACCAACAACAACCCGCCCUUCGCUACCUUCUUCGCCCUCAAAAUAUGAGACGGGGCCGCUCCUGACGACCAAUCCAAGGAACCAAACCAGCAGAGAACCACGCAGACUUGUGUCUAAUGGUAUGCUCUCUCAAAAUGAUAAUCUCUCAAAACUCCCUCCACAACUCCUGCAUAACAUGCGCGAGUCCUUCUCUGUUCUCGAUUCCAAUUCCAAUGGCACAAUCGACGCCUCUUCGGUAGCCGAAACCUUGCAAUCCCUUGGUCUGCACGAAAGCAACCUGUCCCAGUUCUUCCCACCCGGACAGCCGCAACAAAUGUCCCUGCCGCAAUACCUCAAUCAGCUGGCGAAUAUAUUGGUCGGAUUAUCACCUCAACAAGAGCUUCUCAAUGCUCUGUCUGCAUUUGAUGACGAUGACAGCGGGCAAAUCGAUGUUGCAGAGCUUCGCGCAGCGUUGUUGAGCACAGCGCCAGAUUCGGGAGAUCGGCAGCUGACUGGAAAGGACAUUGAUCGAGCUAUGGAAGGCUUCACAGGAAGGAGGAUUCUGGGUAAAAACGUGAUUGGUAUCGCGGGAGUCAGAGGCUUAAAAGACCCUGCCCCAAAGAAAGGAGGUGAUGUAUUUCGAUACCACGAGUUUGUGGCGAACUUGACGGGCGGACCUGCAACAGAUUCUGUUCGUUCUCAGAGUGUUUCUUCACGGUAA